AUCUGCUUGUCCUCUUCUGUGACAGGGCUGUGAUCUCCCCGAGCAGAGCACGGUUCAUGUGGUUCUGCCCCCGUCCACCUCGACCCGGUGUUCUGAGCUGGUCCAGCAGCGCAGGCUGGGCGGCUGGAUGGAGAGCUUGACCCGACUUGACCUCAGUAGCUCCCGUCUGACCACCGCAUCUGAAGGUCUGGCUGUCAUUCUGGAGACAGAUGUAUCCAGACAGGGGGACUCUGUUGGACACACAGAAACUAGAGGCCACAGCAGUUUCUAUGUGUUCUGUAAGACGGUCUGCAAGGCCAUCCAACCUGGAAAACUACGUGUUCGGUGCAGAGACUGCAAACAAGGCACCCUGACCCUCAGCAGGGGCCCAUGCUGCUGGGAUGACGUCCUUCUCCCUAACAGGAUUCAUGGAGUAUGUCAGUCACAAGACUGUGAUGGCAGACUAGCGGAGUUUUACCUGAAAUGUGCAGCCCACCCCACCUGUGAUAAUGACACUUCAGCAGCGCUGGACUUGAUAAUGACCAACACACGCAGAGUGCCCUGCAUCGCCUGCACUGACAUUGUGACUCCAGUGCUGGUGUUUCAGUGUGCCGAGCGUCACGUGAUCUGCCUGGACUGCUUCCACCUGUACUGUGUGACCAGACUCAAUGAGCGGCAGUUUAUCCAGGAGCCGCUGGUGGGCUACUCCCUGCCCUGCGCAGCCGGCUGUCCUGAUUCACUCAUCAAAGAGGUUCAUCAUUUCAGAGUUCUGGGAGAUGAGCAGUAUGAGCGCUACCAGCGAUAUGCAGCGGAGGAGUGUGUUCUUCAGAUGGGAGGAGUUCUGUGUCCCGCUCCAGGAUGUGGUGCCGGGCUGCUUCCUGAGGAUGAUGGAAGGAGAGUCUGCUGUGAGUUAGGAAAUGGACUAGGCUGUGGGUUUGUGUUUUGCAGGGACUGUAAAGAAGAGUAUCACGAGGGCCCCUGCAGACGCAUGACGGCCACAGCAACAGGAAGUACCCUACAGGGUUAUAUUGUAGAUGAAGAAGCAGCUCUUCGCGCCCGCUGGGAUCAGGCCUCACAGGACACUAUAGCCAAAACCACUCAUCCCUGCCCAAAAUGCCAAGUUCCCGUGGAAAAGAACGGUGGCUGUAUGCACAUGGUGUGUCCACGUUCCCAGUGUAAGUUUGAAUGGUGCUGGCUCUGUCGUGUGGAGUGGAACAGAGAAUGUAUGGGCAACCACUGGUUCGGAUGAGCCGGAUACGCUCUCGCUGUGAGCUGAAACUCAGGGAAUGGAGCCAAGGGGAAAUCUGGCAAAUCAUUAGCUAGUCAAAUCAUUAUCACUGUUGUGAGGUACAUAUCAUGAAAUGCUGCUGACAUUCAAAGGUAUUUGUGGUAACCACAUAUAUUUUGGGUGUGAUGGAAUAAAAUUCUAGUGUUAUGAAAUAAAA